CUCUCUCUCUCUCUCCCUUUUAUGCGCAGCCUGUAGAAGAAGAGCGCAGGACCUUCUCCUCUUCAGCCUCUCUCUCUCUCUCUCUCUAUCUCUGUCGAUCUCGGUCGCUCGGUCGGUCGGUGGCGGAGCUUGCUGCGGAAUGUCGAGCGGCGAAGAGCAGGUGGAGGACGCGGGGGCGAAUGGAGGGGGAGAUUCGCUCCACAAGGUGAAGCUGAGGUUCAGGGAUAGAUCGAAGAAAGUGGCCCGGACGAAGGAGAUGACGAAGCAGAUGAUCUCCAAGCAGGCCGAGAGGAUCGCCCAGCGAGCCGAGGAGCACGAGCGGUUCAUUAACAAGGUGACGCAUCUGAUAGGUGUCCUCGGGUUUGGUGGGUUUUGCUACCUGCUUGGAGCCAGACCACAAGAUGUUCCUUAUGUAUAUUGUGUGUUCUAUGUGAUUUUCGUCCCCCUUCGGUGGAUAUACUAUCGGUUCAAAAAAUGGCAUUACUACCUAUUGGACUUCUGCUACUAUGCCAACAGUAUCUUCUUGAUCGAUCUUCUUCUAUAUCCAAAAAAUGAAAAGCUUUUCAUGGUUUGCUUCUCGUUUGCCGAGGGACCAUUGGCGUGGGCAUUGAUUGUCUGGCGUUGUAGCUUGGUGUUUAGUUCACUUGAUAAAAUUGUUAGUGUGCUCAUUCACCUUUUACCAGGAAUAGUCUUUUUUACCAUAAGAUGGUGGAAUCCCACGACAUUUGCUGCCAUGCACCCUGAAGGGACAGCACAAAGAGUCUCGUGGCCGUAUGUGGAAGACAAGUCCUAUCUCUGGACUUGGCUGUUUGUGAUUCCCUUAGUUGCUUAUACUCUAUGGCAGGUUCUCUAUUUUCUCAUAGUUAAUGUUCUGCGUCGACAAAGACUGUUAAGAGAUCCUGAAGUUAUGACUUCUUAUAGGGAAUUGUCUAAGAAGGCACAGAAAGCAAACAACAUAUGGUGGCGUCUGAGCGGCUUGCUGGGGGAUAACAAUCGGCUUUUCAUGUACACUCUGCUUCAAGGAAUAUUUACCGUGGCGACCAUGGCGCUCACGGUCCCCAUCUUUUUGUCCUAUAGACUGCACGUGGUCUUCCAAAUACUAAAGGUGUCUGCAACAAUUUGGAACGGCGGAAGCUUUCUGUUGGAAGUUAUGCCGAGGCAGGUCAUUCUCAAGGAGAAGAAGAAAACGGAGACGCGACAAGUACAAAACCAGCAGGAACAAGCCCCUGUUGCGACGGACAAUCCUCCCAACGCAGAUGACUCCACUGAAACGCACCAAUCGUAGCGCACAUAGGUAAAUCUCAGACUCAAAUCUUCACUCGUUGAACUUCCACCGUGCCCACGCCUCGGCUGCCUGAUGGUUGCUCACACGUCAAGCUGGCUCAACGAUGCUGCAAGGUUGCAUCCUUUACUGAUUCUUUUUUCUUUUGGAGAGUUUGUUAUUCACUGGAGUGUAAGAGGAGGUUAUCAAGGAGGUGAAUUCGAAGUUUUGUUGCAAGGUUUGGACGUGGAAUGUCCUCAAAAGCUUCAGAAAAAAGCUCGAACAUAGGUUGAAUCAUGCGAGUAGCCCAGAGGAAAAAGAAAAUACUUAAAUCAAGAUGAUGUAGUGAUACGCAAAAGCAGAAUAAGUUUGUCACGAGAUUUUGCUCGUUUUUGGAGUUCUUGGAAAUGUU